AGAAGACAGUCUGGUGUAUGUCUUAUUCGAAAUCACAUUUAUGGCUUGAGUAGCAUCAUGGUCAGAGAGUACCAGCGAAAGAUUUGUGGAAGUUGACUACAACUAAACUUGGAUCGCAAGGUUUUGUUUGCGAGACCAGCUUAACAAGCCGAACUUCUAUCCUAUUUCUACCCACAGCCACUUGUGUUAUGUUAAAUUUGGUCCAAAAGCUGGCAAUCUACAAAAACGUCGAUUAUCGCUAAGUUCGAAAACCAGGCGUCAGUGAAUCCUUAUGACUCAAGACAGUGCAAACUACAGAACCGCGCGCAGAGGCAAUACAAACAGUGAUAGGAAAACACACACGCUUGAUUGGUUUCUCCCAAGUUUAUAAUCCGGUAACUCUAGGGCGCCAGUCGUUAUUUUCUUUCUCUUCCUUCCUCAAAUCUACCUAUCACUACCUCAAGGAACUAUCCCGUCAUAUUUCCUGUUUAUUCUCGAGAUCCCACGCCAGAAACAACUCUUUUUUGGACCAAUCUGUCAUCAUCUAGACGCGCCGGAGUCCGAGAACUUGUCGGAGCCAAUCUAGAUACGCUCACGUUAGCCAACACCUGCCUCAAGAAGCAAACAAACUUCCAUCUGGCAAAGUACUCACCCCGCCUGUUUGGCGUCUCAUCGAUCCAAACCCGAUCCUGCAGAUACUCACGAGCCCUCAGCGCCUGCGCCCACGUCAGCCCGAACCGGACGCUACUGUGUCUGCUGCAUGUCACCAUCCCGCACGUCCGACACCGGAAGUAAAUGGCUUCGUCCCGCGACCUGCAGAAGCCACACUGCGGGGGCUCCGCCCGGUUGUUCAUGUCCUCGGCCACCCACGACAUGGGGAGGUGGUGGUUGCAAAGGGGGUCAUCGGGUUGAAUCUCGAAGGUAGGCCACGCGCGCGUGCCCUCUUGAGGUCUGCGGCGGUAGGCUCUGCGACUGCGUCUCCAACGUCUCAUCUCGGGCUAGCAGGCGUUUCUAAUUAGCAGAGGCUCUCGUGGGGAUGGAGCGGGGAUUCUUUCUGCCUUACUUGUGUGUUGCUCCCGUCAGCGUGGUACAUGAAGAUGCUGUACCGUCCCCGACCCUGCUGAAUGCGAUCUGCCUGAUUCAUGUCCUCCAUGUUAGGCUGGUCCAUCAUCUGAAAUCCCCCCAUGGGCAAUGGCUGAAUCGGUUCUACAAUCUCAAGAUUAGCAGGGCUCCCCCAUUUGUCGUGGAUGAUGGCAGGUAACAAGUCGAACUGGUCGGUUGCGAGUGGUUCGAUUGGCAACAACCGCCAUCCGGGCUGGACUGGAGCUGAGGCACUUCUUAUAAGUCUCUCACUAGCACAAACACUCCCUCUCCUUGUCCCCGUUGUGUCUUGUUUUCUGACUGACUGAAGUA